ACUCUCUCUCUCUCUCUCAAAAAAAGAAAAGAGAAAAGUCCAAGACAAUGGAAAUUGGAAAAAGACAACCAAAAAUAGCCACAAAAAUAUGGAAUAUAGUAAGAAUAGCGAUGUACAUGAUGAGGAGAAGCAAGGUGAAGAGGAAGAUAAUGGUGGAGCUCAACACACUUGUAAACAAAGGUAAAAAAGGAGCCAAAGCCAUCCUCGACCACCACCACCACUACUCGUGCCGAUCCAACGACACGGCCAACACGGCCUUCGUAUCGGCCCGAGACUACGAGUUCAGCUGCAGCAACACUCCCGUCCCCAAGCGCAAAAACCGCCACAAUCACCAGUACGAUAAUGAUCUCAAAGUCAUGCACAAGGCCUUCGGCAUUCUAAGCCGUUACGACAUCGUUGAGGCGUCCCCGUUCCACGGUGGGGUCGACAAGGACGCCGAGGAGUUUAUCAACAAGUUUUACCGAGAAUUGAAGAAGCAGAGGCCGGCGGAGACGCCGUCGCCCUACCGUGAAUGGACUACCUAAGCAUCAUACAUCACGUGACUUGGGGAUGACAACAUACGAUGGGCGAAUUCAUGUUUUUAUCCUUCUUUUCAAAUUUCUCAAUAAUAAGUGUUAUCAAUUCUAUUUAUGUAUGUGACAUAUACAAACGAAAAAUGUAGUUUAUUGGCUUGAAUGCAUGUAUCUAGACUACUGCUAUGAUAUGUAUUAGUAGUUAGCAUUUAUUGAUGAUAUAGGUUUAUCAAUCCUAUAGUUAUAAAUUUUA